AUGCUCCCCUCCUCCUCCUCCUCCUCCUCCUCCUCCUUCUUCCCCCUCCACCCCCGCCACAUCCUCACAAUCGCCAUCCACCUCGCCACCCUCCAACUCAUCGCCGCGCUCCUCCUCACACUCAUGCUCCUCUGGCACAUCAGCACCACGACGCUAGUCGAGAACUACCGGAUGCCGCAGUGGUGGGUCGAUUUGUUCCUAGCCGAGCACGCGAGUGCGUGGCGAGUGGGUGUUUGGGUCGGGGUUGGGGUGCUGGUGCCGGUUGAUUGCGUGCUUGGGCUGUUGGGGGUCGAUUGGGGGUGUGCUGUGUUGCGUGGUAAGGAAGGGGAGGGUAGCGCUGAUGUGGAUGUGGAUAGGGACGAGGAUGUCGACGAGCGAAGGCGAGAGCGAGAGCGAAACGACUACAGAACGCAUGCGGCUUCGAUAUCCCAAGAAUAUCCUCACACCUCGUUUCUCACCGGCUUCGAGAUCAACUCAACGCCUGCCUGCCAACCAUACACACUCCACCCCUUCCUCCACCCCCGCCUUCCUCCGACAGCCCAACUCGCACUCCUCACCCUCUUCGACUUACUCAUGCUCUCCAUCCUCACCGCGCACAUCGCAACCUACAUUGUCAGCCUCCCGACCGCCCUAGCAUUCUGCUACAUGCCCGCCGUCCUCGCACAUCCAGACUACGAGUUCGGCGACACCAACGUGCUGCUGAGCAUGCGCGACCGGUGCAUUGGGCUGAACGUGGAUAUCCACGUUGCUGGGGGGUUUGCGGUGUUUAUGGCGAUUGUGCUGGGGCUGCUGCAUCUUGCUGCGCUGGCGGCAAGAAUUUGGGCGGUGCUUGCGUUGGGGAGGGAUGGUGUGUUGGGGAAAAGAGAUGCAGGCGGGAUGCGGGACGUUGGAAUGGGGAGUGUAAAGGUGGACUCAUCAAGAGACGUAUCGCCUGGUAGAGCGAGUUCAGCGCUGGGUUCGAUGACGAGUAGGCACUCUGUACCGCGCGUCGAUGGCGCGAUGUCUUCCGUCGACUCGUGCAUCGUUAGUUCGGUUGGCGCGGAGGAACGCUGUACGGGCAUCGGGAUCGUGGACCGGAGUGCUGAGCGAGCGGUGCGGCGAGGCGCGAACACAACUCGAGGAAGCGAGGCAUGGACGGGUUCUGCGAUGUGGAACGAGGUUCUGUUAGAGUGUCUUAUCGACGGAUGA